GCUCGGCUAGGGUCGGCCAGAGCGGCAGACAGGCGAGGCAGGGCAGGGCAGGGGUCAGGGGGACCGAACCGCCGCCUGGAGUAAGCUGGUCCUGGCGAUGGUGAUCCGGCACCCCCCGGCGAGGACAGCGCCCGAGUGGCGGAUCCGAGCCAGGGUCCGACGGGGGGUAGAGGGAGGGAGGGAUGGCUAUCGGAUAAAGGUUCCCAUCCGUCAAGCUAACAUCAGUUUGUCGGAUAAAUGUCCAGAUUACGACUACAACAAGCCCUCGGUCACUCGCAACCCGCUGCAAGCCGCUGUGUGCUGCAGCUAGCUGCGCUGCUCUCUGUCUCUCUCUCUCUCUGCAGGGACCCACGCAGGCUAAUUAGCAGAGCACCAGACCUGACUCUGCUCGCCCUCAGCUGGAGGACAAUGGCACCGUUUCUCUGCCCAGAAACCUUGUGGACUGAAGUGUGUCCUCUCCUCUUUAACAACCCCCGAUGUCGUUCCCCUUUUUUUCAGUCAGCAGCAGCAGUAGCAGCAGCUCUUUUCGCCUGUGCUGAGUCUUGACGGGAAGUUCAGUGGCUGUGUGACAGAGUCAGCCCUCCUCUGCGGGGCUGUGGGGCUGACGACACAGAGUACUCACCGAUGACUGGGGAGAGGAAGUAGCGCUCGGAAAACUGCGAACGCCUCACGUACACACACGAGAACAGGGGCGAAUAAAUAAAUGUGGGAAUAAAACAUUGCCCAGUAUUUUUCUGUUUCCCCCCGUGACGUGUAUGUGCGGCCCUUUCCUUUCCUUUCCUUUCCUGUACGUCCCCUUCCGUUCGCCCCCCCUCCUCCGUCUCAAAAACCCAAACUCCACGCCUUCCCUGUGCGCGUUCACGAGUCAUGAAUGUAGUCGGACGCGCGCCUCUCUCUGUACAGCAUUCAUAAAACGGUCAGGGGAUGCUGAAUGCAGCGCUGGCCUCGGUCACCCCUGACAACAAAGGACGCUUUGACAUGUCCACACUAAAAACAGUAAGGAUCCAAUUACACGGCCCUCUGUGCAAGAGCUAAAAAGGCGAGAUUGCCCACAGUGAAGCUGUGAUUGGCUGUCCCCAAAGUCAAUCAGCUAUCAAUCAAGCCGGACAGCUGAGUGCCAUGGCAACCCACUCAGCAACAGAAGCUCAUCCCUUGUGUGCUGUGAGUUUGUGUCCAGUGAGGGUACAGUUCUCCAGGCAGCCCAGAGCCACCAAACAUGCCUCCAAAGAAAAAUAAAACAAAGAAGACCACAAAGAAGAAUCCAGAAAAAAGCGAAAAUGAAUUGGAAGCAAAGUACAGGCGCAGCGUUCUGGAUAUAGCUGUCCUACAGGAUCGCAUAGCCUUACAGUGUGAGUCUGUCAUAAAGGUCCAGUCUGAUAGAGUUGACCUGAGGAGACGCGUGAGAGACAUGGAGCAGAAGCUGCAGCAUGCGAGACAAGACCACAGGGACGUCAACUCUGACCUCAGUCGCCAGUACAAAACCAUGCAGACGGAGCUGACCAGCAAGGUGAAGAGGCUGGAGAUGGAGGCCAGCCAGCUGAAGGAGGAGCUUGGCCUGUGUCAGGAGGAGCUGAGGAGAGAGAAAAGAGAGCGUGAGCAGGUGGAACGAGAGAAGGACGCCACCAUAUCUGAGCUCCAGCACAAGCUGGACAACAUGGAGACAGACUGCGAGAAGGUCCUGCAUGAGACUCUAGACAGCCUGACCGUCCAGCUGUCUUUGGCUCGACGGGGAUGGGAGGACAAGAGCACAACCCUUCACCAGAAUUACAAGGAAGUGCUCUCUGAAUUCGGCCUGAAUGCACUGGACUUCUGAAAGGGAGGGAUCAGUGAGACGUAUUUGUUUAAGGUUGCAUCUACAACUCCCCUCUAUUGGAUCAGACUAUCGCAUAAUUUGUUAUGGCCAACACAUGGAUGGAUGUUAUUAUAUAUAAUUUUUUACCAUUGCAGAACAAGUUACUGUAUAUUUAUAUGCAUGUAACUAGUAGUUCACCAUGCAGUGUCUGUAAUGUUGUGUAACGCCCACUAGAUGUAGCAAAUGACUGUUUAUGGUUUGGGAGGGGUUAGUCAGAACAUACAUAUACUGUGUAUUCUGUAUUUUACAUGUGAAAAUAUGUGGUAUACUUAUAUAUUUUUGUGACAAGAUAUUUCCCAAGUCAAAUAAAAGUAUAUGAGAAAAAACA